UCCGCUUGGAGCUGAGAGAGGAGGAGCCUGGGGUGUGGGACUUAAACAAAGGAGACAUAUACUCAGUGACACUGGAGCAAAAGGAGAGGCACAGAAGACAAUUCUCAACUCCUGGACUACGUUAUUUUGUGUUUUGUAAAACUUUGUGUUAUGUGUUUGUCAUCUGUAUGGAGUCAUUUGUGAGCUGAGAGAUGUUUGUGCUGGAGCAGUUGUUCCCAUAUGCUGCCAUUAGUGUGUAGGAGUGUGUGGGUUAGUAUGUUUGGGAUGGAAAAGUGGGGCUGGCACGAUCAACUGCUCUGCUCUUAGUUUUACGCCAUGGGGGGUUGCCAUAGUUACCCCUCGGCUACGAAGGAAGACCGCAAGACUCUUCAUCCUUCUGACAUCAGCAGUGAAAAACUGGGAAUUAACAACAAUAAUCUGGAGAAGCGUCCAUAUCUGCAGCAGCAGUAUGUGUGCCAGCGGAUCACACACAUCGACAUGGUCGCCCUCACGGCGCUGCCACCUGGUGUCGACAAGGCAGAGUGGCUUGCCAGCAACACGGUGGCGUUUUUCAAGCAUAUAAAUCUGUUCUCUAGUGCACUUUCCGAUAUCUGCACUCCCAGUACCUGCCCAACUGCCUGUGGACCAGGCAAUACGGUUUAUGUCUGGACCGAUGACCACGGCAGGAAGCUGAAGUGCUCUGCCCCACUUUACUUUGACUAUGCCAUGUCAUACAUUCAGGAGCUCCUGACUGAUGAAGACGUGUUCCCCACAAAAGCAGGUUCGAGAUUUCCGACAGGCUUUGUCUUUCUGGUCCAGAAGGUGUUUUUGCUGUUUUUCAGGACUCUAGCUCACAUUUACGGGUCUCACUACAGAGAGACAUUGGCCCUGGGCUUACACCCACACCUUAACACACUCUUCACACACCUCAUACUUUUCUGCCGGCAGCAUGCCCUGUUGGAGCCGGAGGAUACUGAGCCGUUACAGGACCUUAUCACAGCUCUAGGACGAUAAGGCUGAACCUAGUCUCGCAUUGCCAGACACUUCCUCCACAGCACUGCGGGGUAGGGUCUGGCGAGUCCACAGAGUUUAAAAUUCCAACAGAAAGAAAGCAAAGCCCGGAAGAGGAACGUUGUGGAUCUAGACUAGGCGGAACCUAAAGAGCAAACACACAUAUUGUACACUUAUAUUUUCAUCACGCAUUUAUAUACCUAUUAUAUCUUGUUAUAAAUCUAUUUAGUGUCUCCCACCACUCCAGGCCAACCUUAAACUGAUUGCUUUCUUUCAAGCUCUGGAAGUUGUAAAAUAGAAAAUAACAUACUGUUAAUGAACGGUAGCCUAUAUCAGUCCAGAAAAGGAGUAUCUUCCUCUUGUUGUAAAUAGUUGCCAUCAGUUAUUAUGUUAUAACUGUAGUAUUGCAUGUUAGUGUAUUUUAACAUAAUGAUGCAUUUUUUGUUAAGGUGAAGAUCUUCAAGGCCAUUCAUGUCAUCCCCAUAGGCUUUAACCCUGUAAUAAAAAAAAACAUUGAUUCAUCCAGUUCACAGUAAAUAGACAACAUUUGCUAUCCUUAUAAUUGGAACAUUUGCAAAAACCCAUGAAGAUGAUGUGUUCAUAAACAUGUGAUUACACUGUAAUUACUGCAUCUGUAUGGAAUGACACAGCUAUCUUUGCAUCUGCAUUAUGAAUGAAUGUAAUAAACACUUAUGACAGA